CUUUAUGAUUUCAAAUGGUACUUUCUUCUGAAUGAUGGAAAGGGAGAAUGAAAGGGCAAAGCUUGGCCUCCAGCCUGUUAACUAUCAUGGAAAAUGGCCUUUGAAGCGUGCCUCUGUGUUUCAGGAACCUUUAUCUGCAGCUCUCUCUGCGCUUACUCUUGUUGUGCAAUUUAAUGGGUGGCUAUCAUUUUUCCUCUUGCUUUAUUAUAAACUUCCUCUGCGGCCAGAAACUCACAAGACAUACUAUGAAUACACUGGCUUGUGGCACAUCUAUGGGCUCCUUGCCAUGAAUUCAUGGUUCUGGAGUGCCAUAUAUCACAGUUGUGACACAAUUUGGACAGAAAAGCUAUAUUUUUCAUCAGAUGCUGCCUUUCUAGGGUAUUCCCUCAUUUUGACGAUACUGCGGACUUCAAGUUUAAGAGAUGAAGCAUCUAGAGUUAUGGUUGCCGCUCCUAUUCUAGCAUUUGUGACAACCCACAUUAUGUACCUCAACUUCUACGAACUUGACAAAGGUCUUUGCAUGCGCGUGUGUGUAUUGCUUCUGGUCUUAUUCGUCUUUGUCUUUGCUUCAUAUCUGAACUAA